UGUCAACACACCACGUCAACGUAAAUAUAAAAAAAAAAAAAUUGAUUGAAGUGCCAAUUGAGAGUGCAUUAUUGUCAUUCCAACCGGUGCAUUCCUCACUCAGUUACUCUAAUUUUUUUGUAUUUAAUUUAUACAAGAGUGUUUUAAAUAAUCCAGUAUUUUAUCAGUCAUAAUUAAUUUAUUUUAACAUAAAUAUAAAUAAUCUUGUUAAAAUGGAGUACCUUGAAGCAGCACCCAAGUUACUUUUUACUGAUAAAUGUAUCAAAGAAUAUUUUACUGAUUUUAAUUUUCUCGAUGCCGAUUGUUUCAAGGCCACAUUGAGUAAAGGACUGGGUAUUGGAGUAAUUGCUGGAUCUGUAAUGGUUAAGGUACCACAAGUUGUAAAAAUAUACAAAAACAAAAGCAGUGCUGGUAUAAAUUUUAUCAGUGUACUUCUUGAUUUAUUUGCAAUAACUGCAAUGGGAUCAUACAGUUUUACAAAUGGUUUUCCAUUCAGUGCUUGGGGUGAUGCAGUAUUUUUGGGUCUUCAAACAUUGGCAAUUGCUGUACUGGCUAUUAAUUAUGCUGGUGAAACAACAAAAGCAACAGCAUUUUUAUUUGGUUAUUUAUCAAUAAUUGUUUCUGUUGUUAUGGGAAUGGCACCAGCCACUUUACUCUGGGCUUGUCAAACAAUUAAUAUCCCAAUUGUUCUUAUUAGCAAGUUUUUCCAAGCUCAUACAAAUUAUAAAAAUGGAAGCACUGGACAGCUAUCAGCAGCAACUGUUAUAAUGCUUUUCUUUGGUUCACUUGCUAGAAUAUUUACAUCUUAUCAAGAAACUGGUGAUCAAAGUAUCAUCAUCAUGUAUGUCUGUGCAACAACUGCAAAUGCAAUUAUUGCUGGACAACUUAUUUACUAUUGGAAUUCUGGAGUUGACAAAAAAAAGAAAAAAUCAAAGAAAAAUAAAUAAAUAAUUUAUAUAGCAAAAAUAUGUCAUAGAUUUUUUUUUUUUUUUGUUUUUGAAUAAAAUUAAAUCUAAAAUUUAAAUAA